AUGAAUAAAUUUACAUUGUUUUUCUUAGAUAAAAGUACUGAAGCUCGCUAUUAGGCCCAGUCUCUCUAGAGCAUUAGGAUGACACAUUUUAAUUUACUUUCUAAAGGUUAUUUGAUCACUUUUAUUUUCAGAUGCCUAACCUUUUUAUUAAGUAGCGAUUUCAAUAGGUUUUAUCCAAACUUAUCUAUGCUGUUAUUCUUCAUCGCAGCAGAGAUUUUUUUGUCCAAACAUAAUUUAAGCUUGAGAAUCCUUUCAAUAAUAGCAAAUCAUCUUUUGACAAUAUUUUUUUAUUUAUUUGAUGAAGAAACUGAUGUUGCUAUUGCACAUUUAAAAGGAGUGAACUAGAUGGGAUCUAACUUUUUAAUAACGAUGGGAAGUGAAUUUCCUGAAGCAUUAAUAUAGGUGAUAUCAAUUACAGCAAUCAGAAUAUAUUUUGUCUUUUAAUAAUCAAAAACACUUAGUUUAUAUCCAAUCUCAAGCCUGAUCUUAGUUUCUGUGUUCUACUUAUUUUUUCAUUAUAAAUACAAUGAUGCAAUGAGAGCCUAAUUUAUGCUAAUUUAAAAAGAUCGAUAAUGGGAGACAAUCUUAAGAUAGCUAAUCGAUAAGCAAUCUUAUGUCAUUUUAAAUUUCAAUGAAAAUUCAUUUUAGUUCGAAUUUCUAAUGGCAAAAAAUUUUCAAAAUAGAUGUAUGAAAAAUAAAGAAGAGAUUUUAAAUUUCUUUAAAGAGGCACAAUAUAAUAAAAAAUCCUUAAAUGAUUAUUUAUAUGAUUAGAUGAAAGAAUAUCAAACAAAAAGAAUAGAUAUUUUUAGAAAAGAAAUUUUUGUCAAGAAACAUCGAGAGUUGGUAAAAUUAGAAUUUUCCAUUUUUUUUGGAAAUCAACCAACCAUUUUAUUGAUUUUCCAUAAACCUAAAUUGUAGUUAUCAAAUAUUGUAGGGAAUAUCAAUAAUAAAGUCCUAUUUUAAUACUUAAUAAAAUUAUUAAAUUGUUUUAAUAAAAAAUAUAAAACUAACCCAUCUUAUAUUCACUUUAUGAAAAAAAUUCGCUUGAUUGAGAUUUAUCAGAAUUUACAAAAUAGUUGGGAAUUAUAAGUUUAAGAAAUUAACCUUUAAACAGUAGUUUCAGAGUAGAUAAAAUAUUUUCCUAACAUCAUCCUUAAGAUUAACGCAAAGACAUAAAUUACCUUUAAGACAAAUAAAGAUAUAAUUAGUUUAAUUUUGUUUAAGAUAUUUUCAAAUACAAAUACUUCCCUAAUCAAAUUGAGAUACACUUCUCCAGAGGAAGAAGAGAACAUUCAACUCCGUUUUCAUGGUAACUUUAAUUGUAAAGUUUUACUCUCAUUUUUUACCUUCCAUAAAGAACAUAUCAGUAGAUUUGCCAUGUUUACAAAUCUUACAAAUAACAGUAUUGAUCUUUAUUUUGAAAAGAAUCCAUACAUACCAUUCACUGGCAAAGAAAAAUAAUAAUAAAUACUUGAUAAUUGA